AUGAGUAGCGUUCCCGAGGAUCAUAAUUGUAAUCUUAAUGGCCAACCAGGGCUGCUACCUAUUCUGACUUGGACCAGCCUACCGCCGAUUGAUCCAAAAACUUCGCUAUGGGCACGGAUCAAGCGUCGCUUGCGCGAGCUGGUGCUACUAUCGCCGGAGCAUCCGGACACGGGAACCUACUUCAAGAGCUUUGCCCGGAUUGCCAACGAAAACAAGCGGCUGAUUCAGAACUAUCCCGCCUGCAUAAUUCAUCCGUUCAGUCUGUUCCGGAAGUACUGGGAUAUGGUGAUGUUUGCCGUUUCGCUGGUACACCUUCUGCUGCUCUCGUUUAUGAUUAGCUACCUGAUCUGUAUCAAUGUUGACCAUUUCCCGGUGAUUAUUAAAUUUGAUGUCAUUCUAUGUACGAUCUUGGCUGCCGAAGUGAUUAUGAAGUUUGUUACCGGAUUUGUGGUGGAAAGUUCUAAGGAGAUAGUACUCGAGCCUCGCCGAAUUAUAUGGAAUUACCUAACAAGUUUCCGAGCCAUUUACGAAUUGCUCGGUGUUUUACCUUACAUUCUUCUACUGUACAAAUUCGACGAAUGCUACUAUCAAUCGGAACAGCUGUUCUAUCUGGUUUCGGUAAUUUGUCUGUACGUCAUACACAUCUUCCGUUUUCGGGACAUCAACCGCUACUUUGAAGUCAUCCCGAAGUUCUUCCAAGCAAGUGCGAACAAAAUUAAAAUUAUGCACCUAGUCAUUGCGACCAUUUAUGUCCUACAUUGGACGUCCUGUAUUGUGAUCAUCAUACCGAUGUUAGUCUAUUAUUCCUCCAGUGAGGAAGAACUUCCGCAGUGGAACGAAACUGGGUAUUUGAUUGGAAAUUUUCUCGUCGACAUGUAUUGGAUGCGAUACCGGCAGAACGUUGGAGACGACUAUCUGGUAAACCGACAGCGUGCGACGGUAACCGAAGGGGACCUGGAGAGUUUUCGGCGAUUUUUAAGAACAUCAGAAACGCCGCUGGCCUGGUCUAUGGAUUACCGUUAUCUUCUUACGAAGCUGGACGACAACUAUCGGAACGAGACACUGCUGGAGGUGUACAUUCGGUCGAUGAUGGAUUCGAUCCAGGUAGCACUGUUGUCUAGUCACGUGGAAAUGAGCGGACCACAAGCAACGAGCAAUGUAAUGACCAUGUACGUAAUGAUUGCCGGAUGGGUUUGGUUGACCUACAUACUGAUGGAAAUGAUUCGAAUGAUAAUUGCACAUGAUUUGAGUGAAACAAAGUAUGAUGAAAUCGUCAACGAGUUGAAGGCUCUCGCCCAUCGGAAGAAUCUGGGUCCGGAAUCGAAGGACAAAAUGCUGCGUCACUUUUCCAACCGCUACAAGAUGCGAUACUACGAUGAGGAAGCGAUCCAGAAUACGAUUUCCAGCAACCUGCGGCGAAGCAUCCGAAUGGAAACGUGUCAACAUUUGGUGAAAAAUGUGGAACUGUUUCGAAAUUUGCCCCAUGCUCUGAUCGAGGACAUAGUUGAUCGCUUGAAGCUGGAAGCCUUCCUGGAAAAUGACGUUAUUAUUCAGGCUAACACGUUCGGUGAUGCGAUGUUCUUCAUUGCCAGUGGAACGGCGGCUGUCUAUUCGGUUGGUGGUAAGGAACUGGGCCACUUGACGGACGGAGCUCACUUUGGGGAAAUUUCGUUGCUGCAAAAGGACCAGAAGCGGACGGCUAGUGUGAUCGCGCUGGAGGCGUGCGAAGUUUACAAGCUGUCGUAUGCUGAUUUUCAACUGCUGAUUGAGCCACAUUCGAAUCUGUUGCGGCAAAUGCAGAAGCUGGCCGACGAACGGCUAGCUAAGGUGCAUGGCAAUCGAGAUAGGGUGUCCGAGGAAGAUGUUUAUGAAAAUUUUUUGCAAUAA